AUCAUGUGACGACUCCGGUGAUGUUGGAGGCAGCAUGUGACUCGGGGCUACGUGUUCUCCAAAACAGUUGCAAUACACAAACACAGCAGGCUCCCCUCCGCGCCCCAGCCUCUCCUGGGCCCUCCCUGCCUCUGGUCGGAGCUGACCCAAUGGGAAGCCGGCGUCCUGCAGCCACUGCCCCGUGAGCACCGGUGUCUGCAGACCAGGCCGCGGCCGGGCCCCUGGGAGCAAGCCCACCGUUCCGCAGCCCUCAGACCCUGUCCGGUGCGACCGCGGAGGCCCAGGGAGGCCAUGUGACCUGCAGAAGCCAUGCAGCCGGUGGCAGAGCCCGGCUCGGGAGCCCGCUGUCCCGGCGUACGUGACGUGCCGCCACCCAGGGAAUGGAACAGACGUAAACCACAAUAAUUCCGGAUCCCAUUAUGAGAAUUCGCAGCGGGGCCCUGUGUCUUCUACGAGUGACUCUAGCACAAACUGUAAGAACGCUAUUGUGAACAACGCCCCCGGAGAAGCAGCAUGGCCCUCGGUCCCAGGCGCGGACCCAGAGCCGGCUUCAGAGUGUGUGGGUGCUGAUUCUGCCUCCGGCUCCGAGUCAGAGAGACACCCCGCCACCAUGGCCUCGGGGCGUGCGGGUGAGAGGGACGGCCUCCGGGACAGCCCCGGGCUGGGCCCCCAGAACAAGUUCGUGGUGGCCGGCGGUGGCAGCACUGCGCCCUGGGGGUUCUCCCACGGAGCCGUCAUAAGCACAUGUCAGGUCCCCGCGGACGCUCCCGCCAGCAGGUCGGAAAGCGGCAGCAAGGCAGUGACUGCUUGGGGCGCGGGGAGCCCUUCAUCAAAUGGAGGGCCGGGUCCGAGCACUUUGCACCCAGCUAGCAACCACGGUGCCUGGCCAGUGCUGGAGAGCAAUGGCCUUGCCCCGAGGGGGCCUGGGGCGGGCGGUGCUGGCGGCGGCGGCCAGUGCAGCCCUGCGGGCCAGGCGCCCGGCAGCCAGAGUGUCAGCUCGAAAGCGGGGGCCUCUUCGACCCCGGGGGCCUGGGGAAGCCUUCAGGAGACUUGUGACUCUGAAGUCAGUGGUACACAGAAGGCUUCGUUCAGUGGCCAACCUCAGACUAUCGCCACUGAAACGGCCGGACCAAAUAACACUACUCACUUCGCAACGUCUAGUUUACCGAGCUCCGGUCCAGCCCAGAGCGGCGAGCCACCCAGCAGCGCGGGGGCCCGGCGUGCGGGCACGGGGCCUCACCCUCAGACCCCGGCCCCGCCCGCCCUGCACGGCCCCUCCCUGCCUCAGCUCAGCAAUGGAGAGCCCCAGGGCGGGGGUUCGCACGGUACUACGUGGGGCGCCUACGGGGCCAGCUACUCUGGAGACACGCGCGCGAGCCCCAACGGCCAAGCUAACGGUGACACUGUGAACGCAACUCUAAUGCCGCCCGGCACCAACGGGCCGGUGGGCGCCAACUUCCAAGGCAACACAAGCAAGAGGGGCGGCGCGUGGGAGCCCGGGGCCGCGCAUUCCCAGAGCGCGUCGUGGGCAAGCGGGAACGGGCCUGGUUCUGGAGGCGGCCGGAGAGGCUGGGCGGCUCCCGUGCAGGGCACAGGCGCCGACCCAGCCGGCGUGGAGUGGGGCCAGCUGCCGGGCACUCAGCAUUCCAGUGACAGCACGAGCAGCGGUGCUCAGCGGUUUACGAACGGAUGGAAGUCUGCCGAGGAGGAGGGCCAGGGCUCCGCCCCGCCUCAGCCAAGCGAGCAGAGCGGCGUGUGGGCCAAAGCGGGAGGAGCAGGGGACAGUGACGGGAGCGCGGAAAGCACCGGGCGCCCGGAGGACAGAGCGCCCGGGGACAGUCAGAGCCGAGAGCGGAGGAAGGUCGACCCGCACACGCUGCUGCAGAGCAUCGUGAACAGGGCCGACCUGGACCCGCGCGUCCUGUCCAACUCCGGCUGGGGGCAGACGCCCAUCAAGCAGAACACUGCCUGGGACACUGAGAUGUCGCCGAGGGGCGGGAGAAAGGCCGACCGCGGGACAGAGGCCUGGGGGGGCUCCGCAGCACAGACGUUCAACUCAGGGCCGUGCGCCGACAAGACGAGCCCCGGUGGCCACGAUUCCACAUCCGGAUCGGGGUGGGGCGAGCCCAGACCCCCUCUGAGGUGGGGGGACGCCAAAGGCUCCGACUGCCAGGGUGGGUGGGAGGACGAUUCUGUGGCUACGGGGACGGUCAGGAGCGGUCAGUGGGGGCCUCGCAAGGAGGAGACGUCUGCGUGGGGCGACUUGCAAAAGAGCAAGCAGGGCUGGGGCGACGGGCAGAAGUCACAGCAGGGGUGGCCUGCCCCCGCCGGGGACGACUGGGGGGAGACGGCCAGGAGCGACCACUGGGGGGAGGCCAAUAAGACAUCGAGCUCAGGCGGCAGCGACAGCGACAGGUCCAUCUCCGGUUGGAACGAACUCGGCAGAGCCAGUUCUUUCACUUGGGGAAAUAACUUAAACCCCAACAACUCGUCAGGGUGGGGCGAGUCCUCCAAACCCAGUGCCCCCCAGGGCUGGACUGACCCUGCAAAGGCCGGUCAGACUCUGGGCUGGGGCGAGGCCAAGCCUGCCAGCUCCCCAGACUGGAACAAGCAGCAGGACGGCGUCGGGUCCUGGGGCGCCACGCCGGCCCCGGGCAAGCCCCCCGGCUCUGGCUGGCGGGGAGGGCCCAUGCCGGUGUCCGCCGGGCCGGAGCCCACGGGCUGGGAGGAGCCGUCCCCAGAGUCCAUCCGGCGCAAGAUGGGGAUCGAUGACGGCACCUCGGCCUGGGGGGACCCCAGCACGUACAACUGCCGGGGCGUCAGCAUGUGGGGCCGCAGCGCCCCCGGCGGCCGGCCAGACCAGCAAGCACAAGGCCAUCAGCUGCUGCCACCCACAAGUGCCGUCUCCAACCCAGAGGCCGGCAGCUCCGGCUGGGGCGAGCCCUGGGCGGAGCCCCCCACGCCAGCCACCACUGUGGAUAACGGCACUUCUGCGUGGGGCAGGCCCGUGGACAGUGGCCCCAGCUGGGGGGACCCCGUUGCCGCAGCAUCCAGCACACCCGCGUGGGGCUCCAGCUCCGCUGCUCCGCAAGGCCUCGGCAAGCCCGGGCCCAAAUCUAUGCAAGAUGGCUGGUGUGGCGACGACAUGCCGCUGCCCGCAAGCCGCCCCCCAGGCUGGGAGGAGGAGGAGGACGUGGAGAUUGGGAUGUGGACUGGUAACUCAUCUCAAGAGCUUAACUCAUCUUUGAACUGGCCGCCGUACACUAAGAAGAUGUCGUCCAAGGGUCUGAGUGGCAAGAAAAGGAGGCGGGAAAGGAGGCGGCCACGGCGUUUUCCGCUCUUUUCCUUCGCGAAGGGGGUGAUGAAGGGCGGCAGCAAGCAGGAGGACGCGUGGAUGACCCCGUUCGUCAAGCAGUUCUCCAGCGUCGGUUUCUCGAGAGACUCGCCAGAAGAAAACACACAGAGCAAUAAGACGGACCUUUCCGGAGGGAUGCUACAGGACAAACGGGUGGAGAUAGACAAGCACGGCCUGAACAUCGGCGAUUACAACCGCGCGGUCGGCAAAGGCUCCGGCCCUCGGCCUCAGGCCCCCAAAGACGCCCCCGUGGAGCGCAGCCCUUACUUCGACAAGGACAGCGCUGUGGCAGAUGAGCCCCCGAGCUUGCCGUUUCUGUCCGGUCCGAGCGUGAAGCUCCCGCCUCCCAGUAGCGCAGUGCCCGGGCAGGCCCUUGGCCCCGUAGCGGGGCUGGGCACGCAGACCUUGGGCUCUGUCAGACAGAACAGCAGCCCCGGCGUGUUCGGAGCGGGAGGCGCAGCAGCACAGGCCCGGGGCCUGCAGCAGCCGCCAGCACCGCCCCUCAGCUCGUCGCAGCCCGGCCUCCGUGCUCAAGUGCCUCCUCCAUUACUCUCCCCUCAGGUUCCCGUCUCGUUGCUGAAGUACGCGCCCAGCGGCAGUGGCCUCAGUCCGCUCUUCGGCCCCCAACAGGCGGCCAUGCUGAACCAGCUGUCCCAACUGAGCCAGCUUUCCCAGCUCUCCCAGCUGCAGCGGUUGUUAGCCCAGCAGCAGAGGGUGCAGACUCAGAGAAGCGUGCCUUCUGGGAGCCGGCAGCAGCCAGACCAGCAGGGUCGACCUCUCAGUGUGCAGCAGCAGAUGAUGCAGCAGUCUCGCCAGCUCGACCCGAGCCUGUUGGUGAAGCCGCCGCCGCCGUGCCAGCCGCCGGCCGUGAAGCCCUUCCUGGACGCCGCCGCGCCCCACAGCGCGCCCGAGCUGCACAAAGGGCCCUCGCCGGGCAGCGCUUUCAGCAGCUUCCCCAUAGGCUUGAACUCAAACUUGAAUGUAAACAUGGACGUGAACAGUAUUAAAGAACCCCAGUCACGACUGAGGAAGUGGACGACAGUGGACAGCAUUUCUGCAAACACGUCUUUGGAUCAAAACUCCAGCAAACAUGGUGCUAUUUCAAGUGGUUUCAGGCUGGAAGAGUCCCCGUUUGUCCCCUACGACUUCAUGAACAGCAGCGCUUCACCAGCCAGCCCUCCAGCGUCAGCAGGGGAUGGCUGGCCACGUGCCAAAUCGCCCAGCGGCUCUAGCAGUGCUAACUGGCCACCAGAGUUCCGCCCUGGUGAGCCGUGGAAAGGCUACCCGAACAUCGACCCUGAGACUGACCCUUACGUCACCCCUGGCAGUGUCGUCAACAGUCUCUCGGUCAACACUGUGCGGGGAGUGGACCACCUCAGGGACGGGAGCAGCGGGCCCUCCUCAUCCUUGAACACCACGCUGCCUUCAACUAGUGCCUGGUCCUCCAUUCGUGCCUCCAACUACAACGUCGCCCUCAGCAGCACAGCACAAAGCACUUCAGCAGCCAGAAACAGCGACCCCAAGCUGACGUGGUCGCCCGGCCCAGUCGCGAACACCUCCCUGGCCCACGAGCUGUGGAAGGUCCCUCUGCCACCUAAGAGCAUCACUGCCCCGUCCCGCCCACCGCCGGGGCUCACCGGCCAGAAGCCACCCUUGUCUGCGUGGGACCCCGCUCCUCUCCGUGUGGGCGGAGGAUGGGGCAGUGCCGACGCCAGGUACACCCCAGGUUCCAGCUGGGGUGAGAGCAGCUCAGGGAGAAUCACAAAUUGGCUCGUUCUGAAAAACCUCACACCUCAGAUCGACGGCUCGACUCUGCGCACGCUGUGCAUGCAGCACGGCCCGCUGGUCACCUUCCACCUGAGCCUGCCGCACGGCAACGCGCUGGUCCGCUACGGCUCCAAGGAGGAGGUGGUGAAGGCACAGAAGUCGCUGCACAUGUGUGUGCUGGGGAACACCACGAUCCUCGCCGAGUUCGCCAGUGAGGAGGAGAUCAGCCGUUUCUUUGCACAAAGUCAGUCCCUGGCCCCCGCCCCCAGCUGGCAGUCCCUGGGCUCCGGCCAGAGCCGGCUGGGCCCCCUCGACUGCUCCCACCCCUUCUCCAGCCACUGGAACGGUGCUGGGCUGUCGGGGACCAGCUGUGGAGACCUUCCCGGCGCUUCCCUCUGGGGGGGCCCGCACUACUCCGCGAGCCUGUGGGGCCCUCCGAGCAGCAGCGACCCCUCCCCCAUCAACGCUUUUCUCUCUGUCGACCACCUGGGCGGGGGUGGGGAGUCCAUGUGACGGGUCGACGUAGACUCACGCCGUGACCUCAAGACGCGAAGGGCAGGGGCACAAAGUCGGGCUCGCCGCCUGCAGCCGGGGCCACCUGUGGGAACAGCUCUUCUCUGCACAUUUUCCACUUUGUUUUCCCCAAAACAUAUCAGUUUGAAUACUUGAAUCAUGCAGGCCGAUAUUAUAAUGUGAAGGCAUCUGUCCACACUCCCCAGCAGCGCCCCGCGUGCUGAGCGCCCCGUGCACCCAUCAUGUUCAGCCUUCGGGUCCUUUUUCCCUAGCCGCCGCCCCCCCCUUUCUUUUUUUGCAAACCAUUUUUGGGCUGACAAUGUCUGAGCUUUUACCUUUGCACUGAACGAUGCUCUCGGCCGGUCGGCACCGUGGGGCGGCCGUCCCCAUGCGCCGUUGACUCGAGCUGAGCAUCCUCGACACGCCUGACGCCCGCCCGCCCGCCAUGCUGCCGGGGGCUCGGACGGCCGAUCGGGGUGCUGACCCCCGACUGUACAUGAAAGUAUUGCACCACUUUUCCAUGUUAUAAAACUAAAGAAUUUCGCUCUGCAGUUUGAAAAACUGUGGCCACAGCUGUGACUUGCAGCCCACCUGCCACCCAGGACGGGCCCCGCACUUUGAAUAGGCUUUCCAUUUUGUUUUGGAGGUUCCCUCGGCGAGCCUUCUUGUUUACAGAUUUUUUUUUGUUUGUUUUUGAGAAAAAAAAUGUUUACUCUUCCAUCAUUUAAAAAAAAAAAAUCUAAAAGACAAAAAAAAAAAAAUGGAGGAUGAUUUAAAAGAUGCUUUCUAUCUCUGGGAAAAAGAGCAGCGUUUGGCCGUGUUCUUUGUUUUUCUAUUCCCGCCCUGAAUCAAAGAGCAUGGCUCUCAGGAAAACCAGUUCCCCAGUUUAAAAAACUCCUUGUCGUUUCUUACAGGAAAGAAAGAAAACCCCCCACUGUUAGCACUGAUACUACAUAUUGCUCUGUUAAAGAAUUUUCUCUGCCAAAAAAAAAAACACAAAAAAACGCUUCAAGCUGGAGUUUGACAUUCUGCUUUCAGAUGCUGUCUUUUUAUUAGUGAGUGAUGAUGGUUUGCUAGUCAGCAGUAGGUAACAAUUUUUGUAAUCCCAUCACGUGGCCCUCCCCCCGUCUGCUCUUGUGGCCGUGUUCACGUACCUUAAAGCCGAAACCAGUAACUAUGCAUACUGUAAGCGAGGCGUUGGCUUACAGACCUGUUCGUCGUUUAGAGAGAAUUUUAAAUGUCGUUGCGAACUAACGAGUUACACCAUUUUUAAACUUCCUUUCUCUCCUCCCCCCUCCUCUUGCCCACAAAUGGUAUUAUAAUGCUUGUUAGUCAAAGGAGAGACUAAGCAAGGGUAAAAAUCUUAACUACAGAACUCGCCAUCAUUUCAUUGCCUUGAUUCUAACUGUUCGUGUCCUACGAUGCACAGGAAGUCAGUGGCUUUUAACUGUUUACAAAUAGAAUGUGAUUGUACCAUGUACAGUUCGGUUGUGUUUGAAUCAUGAAAUCCCUUCAGACAUAAUAAACCGCGACUUUUUGGCUGCUCAGCGUUGUCUCUCUCUCGUGGGUUUAUUUGUACGCCCUUUUUUAUGAUGGACGUUUCCAAGUUGCUGCGUAUGAGGUUCUCAGAGCAACCAAGUAAAAGUCUAAGCAAAUAUUUGAACAUUUUGUCUGAACUCACCUACAGUUUCACCCUGAAAUAAUGUGAGAACGAUGGGAAACUAGCUGCUCCUCUGGGAGCGCCUCUGGGGUCUCGUCGCCCAGAGCUUCCGCGACUCAUCUUCCCACCAUCUGUGCCCAUCUCAAGCCUCAGCGAGGGACGCGAGGGACGCGGAGCGCCGCUUCCCGACAGUGUUCUCGUGCUAGACUCACCCCGUACGGGACGGGCGGCGCCCCACCCUGCACAGCCGGCGCCCCGGGCGGCACCUGUGCGGACGUCUCCGCCCGCGGCCUACACCACGCUCCGACUGGCCGGGCGUGAGCCGGCGCUCUGUGCGCUCGAGGUGCAUUGACGUCCAUGCUGGUUUUUCCAAAAACCAAAGGUAGCUUUGAAAAACCACGCCUGGAAAUGUGUGGACCGCUGCGCCGAUCGACCUUCUGGGGCUCUGAGUAGUGUGUGACCGACUUCAUCGCUGCGUUAAUUGUAUCGUUAACGUGUUUGGGGUUUUUUGCGCUUGUUAUGUGGAAAUAAAGUGUUUGAUUUAAAAAAAUGAA